GGCUGCGGCCGCGCGUCUCCUUCUUCCUUCUUCCCCCCCUCUCCUCCUCCUCCUCUUCCUCUUCUUAAGUCUUUUUAUCCUGAUUGGCGUUGCGGCCGUGUCUCUACUGGAUCCUGAUUGGCGUUGCGGCCAAUCAGGAUCCUGCUGGAUCCUGAUUGGAUCCUGAUUGGCGUUGCGGCCGUGUCUCUACUGUUGUUGUUGUUGUGUUUUUUUUUUCUUUUUUACCUUUUUUUGCCGCCUUGGUUUUGAUGCGGAGUCUGGAUGUUUCUACUUUUGGAUGGGGUUUUUUUACCUUACCCGACCGAAUUCGUGGGUGGAUUGGAUGCGGUUCAUGGAAGGGAACGGGAUCUUGGUCGGCUACUCGGAUGGGGGGUUUGCCGGCCGGUUGGGAUUUCGGGAACCGGAUCGAGGAAGAGGCGGAGGAGAAUUGAUCCGCGGCGGCGGCGGCGGAGGAGGAGGAGAGAAUAUGUGGUGAUUUUCAUCUGAGCCCGGUUGCAGAAGUCCAACUGUAUCGGAGAAUCUUACUCGGUUCGUACUACAGUCCCCCACGCUGGUAUUCAAGGAAUCUUCUCUGGAUGGACCAGUUCUUGGUUGGUCCCGGUUCUUUCAUGUCCAGUUCCCCAUGGUGGUUCAGUUGGCAGUUGUGCCCUAGUUGUUGUAGGAGUAAUUGUCGGUGGCUUUAAAUGGUUCAUGCUCGUCAGUUCUUCCGAGCAUUCCGAGGUGUGGAGGAAGGUCAAAUCUUGCCAUUCUAUUCAUUCCAUUCUAUCCCUGCUUCGUGCUGUCAGACUUCUGCUGCUGCUGCUGCAUCAAUAAAUUUUCCUGGAUCUCUUCUGCUCAGCUUCGUCUUCGUGCCUUUUUUCUUGCUGCAAACUGAAACUCUGCCUGAGCAGGUGAGCGAGCAUGGAGUCGAGGCCGGGGGGAACCAACCUCGUGGAGCCGAGGGGGCAGGGCGCGCUGCCGUCCGGCAUACCGAUCCAGCAGCCGUGGUGGACGACCUCCGCCGGGGUCGGGGCGGUGUCGCCCGCCGUCGUGGCGCCGGGGAGCGGUGCGGGGAUCAGCCUGUCGGGCAGGGAUGGCGGCGGCGACGACGCGGCAGAGGAGAGCAGCGAUGACUCACGAAGAUCAGGGGAGACCAAAGAUGGAAGCACUGAUCAAGAAAAGCAUCAUGCAACAUCGCAGAUGACUGCUUUGGCAUCAGACUAUUUAACACCAUUUUCACAGCUGGAACUAAACCAACCAAUUGCUUCGGCAGCAUACCAGUACCCUGACUCUUACUAUAUGGGCAUGGUUGGUCCCUAUGGACCUCAAGCUAUGUCCGCACAGACUCAUUUCCAGCUACCUGGAUUAACUCACUCUCGUAUGCCGUUGCCUCUUGAAAUAUCUGAGGAGCCUGUUUAUGUAAAUGCUAAGCAAUAUCAUGGAAUUUUAAGACGGAGGCAGUCACGUGCGAAGGCUGAACUUGAGAAAAAAGUUGUUAAAUCAAGAAAGCCCUAUCUUCAUGAGUCUCGUCAUCAACAUGCUAUGCGAAGGGCAAGAGGAACGGGUGGACGCUUCCUGAACACAAAGAAAAAUGAAGAUGGUGCUCCCAGUGAGAAAGCCGAACCAAACAAAGAACUCCGGGUAUCGCCGGAUCCCUCCUGACUUACAGCUCCUACAGAAGGAAACAUGAAGUAGCGGCUCGAAACCUAGAACAGUGGCUUCUGUCCACCGGCAUUCACUCUUGAGGGUGGAUUCUUGCUCCAGAAUUGUGCUGCCAUCUUUCAAAUGAUCUUCAUCGUGCAAAGUAAUUAUAUGUACAUUCCUCUGAAUGAUCUAUGCACCAAUUGUUGAUCCUGGCAGGGUAAUAAUCUGGAUGUAUUGAGUCCAUCACAGUGCGAAUGUCACGGGUAGAUCUGCUGUUUUCAGGCAAUUCAUUCUUGGCUUUCUAUCCCACCCGUUGUUGUUGCAAGUUAAGCUAGCAGUACUUGUCUCAGUGUCCGUGAGACGUUUGUGUAAGAUUAGGUUAAACUAGAAGUUGUAAUGCUGUAUUAAGUGUUUGUAUUUCUAAUAUGAACCGUAACAAGGCCAGAGCAGAACUCGUUAUACAUACAAAAAUUGAUGGCCAGGUCAGUGUUACCGUAUUAUUAUGCAAUGGCAGAAGCUUGCAUAAGGCGUGGUGCCACUCGUUGCUUUGCUGUA